CCACUAGUUUACCUUUUCUGGGGGCUUUAAUUAAAUCAAAAAUUAAUCUUAAAUAUUAGUUUUAAAUACCAAAUCAAUUACCAGACAGCGAUUCUGUCCAUUUUCCACGCUCUCUCUCUUUUUCCGUUAAACAGAGCUGAGCAUGUCUCAAUAACCCUAAGAAAAAACCCUAAUUUCUCUCUUUUCUUUUCUUCCCUUUUUAACUCAAUGUUUGUUUACUAGGGUUUUUGGAUUUCGAAUUUGAAGAGAAAAAAACUGUGUUUUUAUUGUUUUUUUUUUCAACAACAAUCAAGAGAGAAAUCGAAGCUUCGCCGGAGAUUUGACAGGUUUCUGGCCAGCGGCAAUAAGAAAAAAGGCAAGAAAAGAAUGGCGAGCGAAUUGCAGAUGAGUCCGCAAUUGGAGCAGAUCCAUGGUGAAAUCAAAGACAACUUUCGAGCUCUCUCAAAUGGCUUCCAGAGGCUAAACAAUAUUAAAGAUUCUAAUAGACAAAGUAAACAGCUGGAGGAACUUACUGGGAGGAUGAAAGAGUGUAAACGGUUGAUUAAAGAGUUUGACCGUGAAAUUAAAGUUGAGGAGAGCAAAAAUCCUCCUGAAGUAAAUAAGCAACUCAAUGAUGAGAAGCAAUCCAUGAUAAAAGAGCUGAAUUCCUAUGUCCAACUGAGGAAAACGUAUAUGAAUAGCCUUGAUAACAAAAGAGUUGAACUCUUUGACAUGGGAGCUGGAGCAAGUGAACCUAUGGCUGAAGAAAAUGUUCGAAUGGCAUCAGCUAUGUCAAAUCAAGAACUUGUUGAUGCUGGGAUGAAGACAAUGAAUGAGACUGAUCAGGCCAUUGAACGCUCUAAACAGGUUGUUGAACAAACAAUUGAAGUGGGAACUCAAACUGCUGUUACCUUAAAAGGCCAAACUGAACAAAUGGGACGCAUUGUUAAUGAGCUGGAUACUAUUCAGUUCUCUAUUAAGAAGGCCUCACAGCUAGUGAAGGAGAUUGGGAGGCAGGUUGCUACUGAUAAGUGCAUAAUGCUAUUUCUACUUCUUAUUGUCUGCGGUGUAAUAGCCAUAAUCAUUGUGAAGAUUGUCAACCCUAGCAACAAAGAUAUCAGGGACAUUCCUGGACUGGCUCCACCAGCCCCCUCAAGGAGGCUGUUGUAAGUAGGGGAUCCACAACAUUUUGAGCAGAUUCAUCAUCUCAGACAAAAUGAUGUUUCCCACCUUGUUUUAUGGGUUUAUGUUUGAGUGACAAGAGGGAGUGGUGGGAAGAAUUCUGUUUGCGGCAUUUGUUGGGGUUUUCCUUGUUUUUUUCAUCCUUUCAAUUUAUUCCUUACCUGAGAUGUGCAUAUCCUGUAUGAUUAUGUAUGUAAAUCCCACAUGAGAGCUUUCUCCAUUAAUUUGAAUAUUGUGCUAUCGUUCUUUGUGUAAACGUUUCUGACUGUUGCAGAUGUAAGAGGAAAAGGAUGGCAAAAAGAGUAACAAUAUCCUCUGCUGGGAAAUGUGAAAUCCAUAGAUGCAUGUGUGUUAUUCUGGA